CUUCACUAUCUCAAGAAUUUACCACACCACAUAGCAGAACAGAAAAUCCUCAUCAAAAUGGUCAAAUCCAAAGACACCGUCAUCGACGAAUUCAACUCCCUCGUCAACAUGACGCCCAACGAACUCCGCGACUGGCUCAAAGGCACCCAAUCGCAGUCCUCAGGCUGGACGAACGAGUCUUCCUCGUCGGGGGAGACAAUCGGACAUGAAAGCGGCCGCAAAAUCGUCUCCAUCCUCGAACACAACCCGUCCAAAGACCCAUCGGGGUACUCGGACGAAGACGUCGAUCAUAUGCGAAAGGUAGUGUCGUACUGUAAACGGCAUUUGGCGCAGGAGGAGACGGCGAAGCAGAAUACGGAUAGUAAGAGUUAUAAGUCGUUGAAGAAUUGGGGGCAUGAUCCGCUGAAGGGAUAAUUCUAUUUCUUUGUUUUUCAAGGAUAAAGAGGUGGGUUGGGGUUGGCUGUUGGGGAGUAUUUUGUUUGUAGCGUAGGGAAAUACUAUGAUACUUUUCAGUUGAGGGUUCGAUCGAAUUCAG